GGGUGGGGGUACUGGUGAGAGCCUGAACCCGGUGCAGCAGCUCUUCCCUCAGUCCGCGCACAGACGGAGCCCGGGGCCAUGAUGACGCACGGCUCAGCCCAGCAGCACGCACACUCCAGACGGGAUGUGACAGUCCGCUGAAGCCGCCGUCAUGGACAGCAGGGGCCGGGGGGCCCGGGGGCCCGGGGGACACUCUGUUUGUGCCAGCAACCAGUGUCCGUGGAUGGCCACAUGAACCUGGGCGGCGGCGCAGGACCGGACCGGGACGCGCAGUUGUGAGCAUCAGGUCCGGCAUUUGAAGGCCGUUCGGAGCUGGAACCAUGGACCCGUUUUUCCGGAGGAAGCGGGUGGGUCUGCUGAAGCCCCUGCUGAAGCCCCUGCUGAGUCUGUCUCUGGUCUUUGCGUCUUUUCUUAUGAUCCACAAGUUGAAGGUAGCGGAGAAGGACGCGGUGGGACUGAAACCCGUCAGAGCCGAAACCUGGUGCGGAUCCGACUGUUUUUCCUUCAAGAAGCCGUUUAUGAAACCCGGUCCCGGCUCAGACCCUCCGCCCGCGGGUCUGGAUGGAGCCCCGCGCGUCUCCAACGGGACCCCCGCGUCCUGGGACGCACAGGUACUCAACUGCAGCGAGGACGGGUCGGUGAGGACCAAGGACUGGUUCCGGCGCCUGGACCCGCGGUUCCACCAGUUCGUGCUGCACAGACACUGCCGGUACUUCCCCAUGAUCAUCAACCACCCGGAGAAGUGCGCGGACGGACGCGCGCGCCUCCUGAUCGUGGUCAAGUCCGUCAUAGAGCAGCACGACCGACGGGAGGCGGUGCGUCAGACCUGGGGACGGGAGCACACGGCGGAGGACGGGACGGCCAUCCGGACCCUGUUCCUGCUGGGGAGUCCGACCACCGGCAAAGACACCAAGAACCUGCAGAAGCUGAUCGAGUACGAGGACCGGAUCUACGGGGACAUCCUGCAGUGGGACUUCAUGGACACCUUCUUCAACCUGACCCUGAAGGAGGUCAACUUCCUCAAAUGGUUCCACAUCUACUGCUCCGACGUGCGCUUCAUAUUCAAAGGAGACGACGACGUGUUCGUGAACACCCGCAACCUGCUGGACCUGAUCCGCUUUAAGGUGGACGAGCGCCAGGACGCGGAGCUGUUCGUGGGGGACACCAUCUCCAAGGCCAUCCCCAUCCGAAACCGCCAGAGUAAAUACUACAUCCCCAAGGAGCUGUACGACAAGCCGUACCCUCCGUACGCGGGGGGCGGAGGGUUCCUCAUGUCGUCCCCCCUGGCCAGGAGGCUGUUCGCGGUGUCCGAGGCCGUGCAGCUGUACCCCAUAGACGACGUGUUCCUGGGCAUGUGUCUGCAGAAGCUCAGCCUGAGCCCGGAGCUGCACCCGGGCUUCAGGACCUUCGGCAUCAGCAGGCGCAGGGUGAGCCCCAUGAACCACGAACCGUGUUUUUAUAAAAACCUCAUCGUGGUGCACAAACUGAGCGCACAGGAGCUGCUCCACAUGUGGAAGGUGGUCCACAAGCAGGACCUGGUCUGCGCACACAGGACCAGUGUAUGAUGAGGAGAAGAAGCAGAGGAGCAGAGCUGGAACUAGAACAAACACCAAACACACACAUGUCAGCUCUUCUCUGGAUGUUCAACCACUACAACAACUUCCAGCACAUUUCAGCCUGAACACAGCUGAAGGUGUUUGGUCCCAUCUGACAGAGAACUGGAUCCACCACAGAAGAAGAACUAGACACCUUCAAACCCAAGCAGGACUUCAGGAUCUUAGAAAAAAAUAACCUUAUUUCUAAAGAACUGAAACAUAAUAUGGAAUCUACUAAGGAAAUGUGGAUUUUUACUUGAAAAAAACAUUAAUGUACUAGAUGUGUUUUAUUUGAUGACGUAACACGGAUAAACGUCCAGUCAGAUAAGUAGCCCGAACCUUUUCCUGUUCUUCAUGUGAUCUGUGAACUCACUUCCACACACACAGUUUGCAAACACACAGGUGAUUUGUGCAGGAUUUGAAUACGCAGACCUCCGCCAAGGCAGAUCAGUGCCCCCCCAUCCCCACCAAAAUGUCAUCAUCUGCUCCUCGUGCCAGUAUCAACAUUUCCUGAAAAUUUCAUCCAAAUCUGUGCAGAACUUUUUGACUUCUCUUGCACAAACACAGACAAACCAACGCCGAUCAAAACAUAACCUCCUUGGCGGAGGUAAUAAGUGACACCUAAUGGGUUAUUUCCAAGAUACUGAUCUGACACUGAUGAGAACAACUCUGUUUAGUUAUUAAUUAUCAUCAAAUAACAUGUAUCCUAUUGAAGAAAAAAAAAAAAACUAUAGAUGUCAAGAUCCCGAUCUCAUAAUUAUGAGAAAAGCUCAUCAGUGUCACAUGAUGUGAGGCUUA